UUAGAAUAUAUUUGAUGUAAUCGAAUAUUAUCUUAAAAAAGUUUAUAUGCGUACAGUUUAUCGCAGAAACCAGAAUUAAAGCUGAAAAUGCAUAAAUUUAAUAGGCGAUUUUCAAUUUUCGAAGUCAUCUUUUUCGAACACGCAAUUGAUGUUCCAUUUUCCGACUUAUAUAUUUUUUCAACUGUUUUUUAAUCGUAUCGCGACGACUGAAAACUUUUCGAAUCGCGACCCGCGACGUUUGACGUUUCGAACCUAUCGAAAUAUUCGAGACGAAAUCAAUAUGGCAGCGCCGUGCGCGGCAGUGCGCGGAAGACCGAUGUUGACGGACAAAAGUCACACAUCGCGGUAACGACGCGACCGUUUGUCGUUUCGCGAUGACCGCGAAUUACUAUUUCGCGAUCGUCGGCCACGCCGACAAUCCGCUGUUCGAGAUAGAAUUCAACAAUGCCGGGAAGGACGCGAAGAAGGAGGACCACUCGCAUUUGAAUCAAUUCAUCGCCCACGCGGCGCUCGACCUCGUCGACGAGCACACGUGGAAAACGACGAACAUGCAUUUGAAAGUCGUGGAUAAAUUUAAUCAGUGGUUCGUCAGCGCGUUCGUGACGGCGACCCACAUUCGAUUCGUCAUGGUGCACGACAGCAAGAACGAGGACGGGAUCAAAAACUUUUUCAACGAAAUGUACGAGACCUAUAUAAAGUAUUCGAUGAAUCCAUUUUACAAGCUCAACACUCCUAUCAAGUCUCUGGGGUUUGAGAAAAAGGCACAGUUGUACGGCAGAAAAUAUUUAUCUUCGUGAACGUAACGAUUGCUGUUAACAAAAGUAGGGAUGUUUAUAAUUUGCUUCUCUUUACUUUAUUCAACAUUUGUAUGCCACAAAAUGUGUACUGUUAACAAGCAUUAGAAAUAAAGGUGAUGAAUUUUUUUUCCAUUA